AUGCAAUUUGCUGUGGUUAACAGCAGUGUGAGCAGUAAUCUGUUAACAAUCAUUGCAAGAUCUAUUAAUGAGAAGUUCAUGUUGGUACAAGUACUGGUGGUGAUUUUCCUCUAUGUGAACUGCCUUAUGAUCCUCACCUUUCUAAAAAAGGAGGUGUUCAGGGACGACACUCGCUACAUUUUAUUUGCACAAACUCUUUUUGUUGACUCUGCUUUCAUGGUGUUAUCAGACUUGCUCCUGAUGGGAACCUUUUACAAAUAUCCUAUCCACCUGAUUCCAUGCAUAAUCAUAUGUACAGUUGUAACUAUUCUGACUGUGUGUACUCCGCUGACUCUUGUGGCAAUGUGUCUUGAGCGCUAUGUUGCUAUAUGCAUGCCUUUAAGACAUGCUGAGAUCUCCACCAGCAGGACCAGAUUCCGAGGACUCCUGAUAAUAUGGAGUAUCAGUUCCAUAAUUCCAUUGUUCACCUUAGUAGCCUAUUUGGCUGUUAUCCCUUCAGGUGUUCUGUUAUCCACUGCCGUUUGUGGUGCUGAGUUGAUGUUAGAGAAAGACUGGCAGGCACAUGCACGUGCUAUAUUUUUCCUGCUUCUUUUUCUCUUCAUGAUCAUUAUCAUUGCCUUUACCUACAUUAAGAUAAUGAUUGCAGCCAGAGGGGCCUCAUCAGAGAAUAAGAAACUGACCAACAAGGGUCUCAGGACUGUGAUCCUGCAUGCUGUCCAGCUACUUCUGUGUUUAAUGCAGUUUUUAAACCCAUAUAUAGAAAUGGAAUUUUGGAACGCUGAUGUAAUGGUGUUUAUAAAUGUAAAAUAUUUUAAUUUUAUUGUGUUUAUUAUUGCACCACGCUGUCUUAGUCCAUUAAUUUAUGGUCUCAGAGAUGACAAGUUUUUUGUUGUUUUAAGACAUUAUGUUCUGUGUGUACAUAAGAAGGGCAAGCAGGAAAUUGGACCAAAAGACCUCAACACAGCACUGAAGAGACCCCAUCACCCUGUGCAUAGUGUUGAAGAAGUAGCAGCCCAGAUGGCGGGAGCAACAGUAUUUUCUGUCCUAGAUGCUAAAAACUCCUUCUGGCAGAUCCAUCUAAACAAAAAGUCUUCAAUGUUAACCACAUUUAGUACUCCGUUUGGGCGCUACAGGUUCCUGCGAAUGCCGUUUGGCAUCAGCUCUGCUAGUGAAGUGUUUCAGCGCUCCAUUGAACAUCUGUUCACGGGCCAGCCAUGUUCUGUCAUUGUCGACGACAUCAUCAUCGGAGGCCGAGGAAUAGCUGAACAUGAUGCCAACUUGAAGAAAGUACUCAAUCGUGCAAGAGAAGUCAACCUCAAGCUGAAUCCAGAUAAGUGCAAGUUUUUGUCUGGACCCAGCAUGGUCAAUUACCUUGCCAAGUAUAUACCAAAUUUCAGUGACAUCGCAGUGCCCCUGAGGAAACUAACCCACAAAGAGACUGCAGGGUGCUGGUUCCAGCAGCAUCAGGAGGCAUUCGACUGCCUCAAGAGGAUGCUGCGCAAGCUACAGAACUAUGACCUCAAUCUGGUGUACAAAAAGGGAAAGUACAUGUAUCUAGCAGAUACACUUUCAAGAGCUCCAAACAUGCAAACCCCGUCAAGUCCUGCCGAGGACGAUGCCUUCGAAUUUAUCAAGGUGCUUCUAAAGAUCAUCCAGAAGCACUUGGGCAACAUCCUUGAUCGAGAACUUGCUGAUGUCCAGGCUGGAUUCCACAAGGGCAGAGGGACCCGUGACCACAUCGUGAGAGAAGCGAUCAUGAGGAAGCUGGACUUAGACAGAGCAUUGGGGUGA